CUCCACCCCCUCCCAUCACCCCUCCCUCAUUCUCCUCCUCCUCUCUGCUAUGUCUGCAUCUGUGACUGCUGAGGGUGCGCCCUUGACUCCGCCUGCUGGUGAUGGCUCCUUCCCCCUCUGGCCAAUGACCUGCUCCUCCGUGCUGCUCGUGGCGAGACGACCGAGCGGACGCCUGUGUGGAUCAUGCGCCAGGCUGGUCGCUACCUCCCCGAGUACCGCGCAGUCUCCCAGGCCAAUGGGUUCUUCAACAUCUGCCGCACGCCCGAGCUGGCGUGCGAGGUGACGCUGCAGCCGCUGCGUCGGUUCGAGUACGACGCGUCGAUCAUCUUUUCAGACAUUCUUGUGGUUCCGCAGGCGAUGGGCAUGGAGGUGCAAAUGGUGAAGGGUAAGGGCCCUGUGUUCCCAGCUCCGCUGGAGAGUCCUGAGGACAUGCAGAGCCGGCUCGAGUUCAAGCCGGAUGUGGCGAGCGUGCUGUCGUAUGUGUACGAGGCCAUUGCGCUGACGCGGACCAACAUCGGCGGCGCCGUGCCGCUCAUCGGGUUUGUUGGUGCACCGUGGACGCUGAUGGCGUACAUGAUCGAGGGCGGUGGGUCGAAGACCCACUCCAAGGCCAAGAAGUGGCUGUACAUCCACAAGGCUGCGUCACACCAGCUGCUGCAGGCAAUCACCGACGUUGUCGUGGCGCAUCUGGUUGAGCAGGCCAAGGCUGGCGCGCAGCUGCUGCAGGUCUUUGACUCGAAUGCCGGCGCACUCACCCGCGAGCUGUACGACGAGUUUGGUCUGCCGUACCUGACCCAGAUUGCGACCCGGGUCAAGAGCGCGCUCGGCGCCGCGGCGGUGCCGAUGACGGCCUUUGCGCGCGGCGCGCACUGGGCGCUCCACGACCUCUCGUACUCGUUCUACGACGUGCUCUCCAUCGACUGGACCAUCGACCCAGAGUAUGCGCGGACGCAGACUGGCGGACGCGUGGCGCUUCAGGGCAACAUCGACCCGUGCUACCUCUACGCAUCGGACGAGGACCUAGUGGCCGCUGUCGGGACCAUGCUCUCAGCCUUUGGCCCGACCGGGUACAUCUGCAACCUCGGGCACGGCAUUUACCCGGACAUGGACCCGGCCAAGGUCAAGGUCUUUGUGGACGCGGUGCAUGCGUACGACCACACCCAGCGGACACUGCGGAUCGGGACCCGCUCGUCGCUGCUCGCGCUGGCGCAAACCCGUGAGAUCCUGGGCAAGCUCCGUGCCGCCCGUCCGCUCGGCGCCUUUUCGGUUGUCCGACGCGAGACGCUCGGCGACCUCGACCAGUCGCGCCACCUGGCCUCGUUUGGCGAGCAGGGCAUUUUCACCAAGGAGCUCGAGGCUGCGCUUCUCGACUCGGCGGUCGACGUCCUCGUUCACUCGCUCAAGGACGUGCCGACCAAGCUGCCGGCCGGCCUCGAGCUGGUCGCCUACUCGGAGCGAUCGUGCCCGUCGGACUGCGUCGUCUUCUCGCGGGCCAUUGUCCCGCGCCCGACGUCGCUCGCCGACCUCCCUGCCGGUUCGGUGGUGGGCACGAGCUCGCUGCGGCGGAUUGCCCAGCUGAAGCGGGCGUACCCGGGCCUGGUCUUUGACUCGAUCCGCGGCAACAUCCACACCCGGCUGACCAAGCUCGACACGCCAACGCGCGACCCGCCGUACGCCGCCAUCAUUCUCGCGGUCGCCGGCCUCAACCGGGUCUCGCUCGACGGGCGCAUUGACCUCGUCCUCGACCACGAGCUCUGCCUCCCGGCCGUCGGUCAGGCCGCGUACGGCAUCGAGGUCCGCUCCGCAGACACCGACGCCGCCGCACAGGUCCGCGCCGCCAUCAACCACCGCCCGACCGAGGUCGCGGUCGUCACUGAGCGUGCACUCCUCCACCACCUCGAGGGCGGAUGCAAGCUCCCGGUCGGUGCGCUGGCCACCCUCAACACCGCCACCAACGAGCUCGCCAUCACCGCCCGAGUCAUCUCGCUCGAUGGCGCCGACAUGGUCGCCGUCAACGACUCGGUCUCGCUCACCGACGCACUCGGCGGCGCCUCGCUCGACGACGCCGCUGACGACGGCGCCUACGCCCGGGUCCUCGACGCUGCCCGCGCCUUUGGCGUCGCUGUCGCCGACGCCCUCCUCGCCGACGGCGCCGACACCAUCCUCACCAAGAUCCGCAAAGACCUCGCCGCCGAUGCCAUCGGCCACUCGGUCCCGUCGGCCUCGUCGUGAGGUUUAGUCACCAAACCACGACCCUUUCUGGACUCCGCCGUGCGCCGCGUCUCGGCGGUAUAUGCCGGCUUUUCGACGCAAGCGGCAAGAGCGUGGACAUGUUAAAGGAAGACAUUGGAAGAA